AUGCUUUCCUCCAGCAUGACGUGCGUAGCAAAUUUCUUCACCUAUGAAACCACCAAAUCUGUGGUGGUAAAGAGCUGGACCAUCGGCGUGAUCAACCGGGCUGUCCAGCUGCUCAUCAUUUCAUACUUCAUUGGGUGGGUGUUCCUGCAUGAGAAGGCCUACCAGAUAAGGGACACCUCCAUUGAAUCCUCUGUUGUGACAAAAGUGAAGGGGUUUGGCAAUUACAGUAACCGGAUUAUGGAUACAGCAGAUUAUGUCACACCUCCACAGGGGACAUCAGUCUUUGUCAUCAUUACCAAACUCAUUGUGACGGAGAACCAGGUCCAAGGCUUCUGCCCUGAGAAUAAUCAUCAUUACCAGUGUACCUCAGAUAGUGAGUGCAAGAAGCCUGUCUCCAUCACCGGAGGUGGAAUAUUAACAGGUCGAUGUGUCAGUUUCAAUGCUACUUUUCGGACCUGUCAGAUCCAGGGCUGGUGCCCAGCAGAAAUGGACAACGUGGAUGUACCUGUAAUGCUAGAAGCUGAAAACUUCACUCUCUUCAUUAAGAAUAGUAUUCGCUUUCCACUGUUCAAUUUUGAAAAGGGAAACCUGCUACCCAACAUCACAACAAAAGAUAUCCAGAAAUGCCACUUCCACCCUUUAAAGCAACCCUUCUGUCCAAUCCUGCGCCUUGGGGACAUUGUAAAAUUUGCAGGCCAAAACUUUACCUCAUUGGCAAGGACGGGUGGGAUAAUAGGAAUCAAGAUUGGAUGGGUGUGUGAUCUGGAUCAUUCUUGGGAGCACUGCAUUCCCAGUUACUCUUUCAGUCGGCUUGACAGCAUCUCCGAAAAGAGCAAAGUUUCAAGCGGAUACAAUUUCAGAUAUGCUAAAUAUUACAAGCAGGAGAACGGCACAGAAUUCCGCACACUGAUGAAGGCAUAUGGCAUUCGCUUUGAUGUUCUUGUAUAUGGAAAUGCUGGAAAAUUUAAUAUCAUACCAACACUAAUCAACUGUGUGGCUGCUUUCACAUCUGUCGGGGUGGGGACAGUCCUAUGUGACAUCAUUCUCCUCAACUUCCUGAAAGGUGCCGAUCAGUAUAAGGCCAAGAAAUUUGAAGAGGUAUCAGAAAUGGUUCUGCGUCCCGCCAUUCCUAGCAGCUCUGUGUAUAGAAGUGACCAAACGUUGGGAGGCCGCUGUGAGGAGAAGCAAUCAACUGAUUCAGGGGCCUACUCAAUUGGGCUCUAAUAAAUAGGAACUUUGAAGCAGAUACAAAUAAAUUAUCUGUGCUGAUCACUGCAUGGACAUUGCCU